AUGGAAGGGUCAUCAAGACGGGAUCAACCAGCAGAAGAGACUCCAAGGAAAGGAGAUGAGAGGAUGAUACAAAUGACGAGAGAAGAAUUACAGCACAUGAUAGAUGAAGCGAGCAGGAAAGCCAUUGUUGAAUAUGAGCGCAGGACGGUGACCCCUGCUAGAGAAGGGGUUAAACGACAGCUAUUUCAAGAGACGGAGGCGGAACAGAGAAGAGAGACCUUGAGGGCACCUGAAAGAGGUCCCGAGAGAACCUUAUCCAAUGAGGUAACUAGUAAAAGAACAGUGGUUAGCAGGAAAACCGCCGCGAGACAGCCAGCUAUCUCACGGGAGGAGGUGGACAGUGUUGGAAAACAGAUCGAGCAAUUGGGGAAACAAAUCGAGGAACUGAAGAAGAGGGGAGAAUUAGUGUCGCAGAACCGGAGCUCGCCCUUCACUAAUCGGAUUUUGCUGGAAGUGGUCGAUAACAAUUUUCGAUUCCCGGACUUGCCCAAGUAUGACGGAAGCAAGGACCCAAGGGAGCAUGUCGCUGCCUUCGACCUGGUGAUGAAUCUUUAUGGUCAAACCGAUCCGAUCAAGGCAAAACUGUUCGUCACUACUCUGAAGGGCAAAGCUCAGGAGUGGUUCACAAGCUUAGGUAGUGGAACUAUUGAUUCUUAUGAGCAGCUAAUUCAUAAGUUUUCUUUUAAUUUUGCUAGUAAGAGGAAAGCAAAGAGGUCGGCGACCCACCUGUUCACGAUCCGACAACGGGAGGAUAAAACGCUGAAAACUUUCAUGGGGCGAUUCAAUAACAAAUUGCUGGAGGUGCAAGAUUUGAGAAUCGACAUGAUGGUGAGCAUUUUAAUCCAUGGCUUGCAAAAAGGUCCUUUUGCAUCGGCGUUGGCACGUGACCCGCCUACGGGGACGGAGCAGUUGAUGGAGAUGGCCCAAAAAUAUAUCGAUGAAGAAGAAAUGAACGCCAGGAAGGAUAAUUAUUGGUCCAGAGAUCCGUCCAGGGUGAGGAGAGAAAGAUCACGGGAAGGAAAACAACGAGCGGAAGGAGAUCGCGAGCGGAAGGGACCAUACGUGCCCCGAUACCACAGGUACACCCCACUAACGACCACCAGAGAGAAGGUGAUGAUGAUGGUCGAAAACGAGGGCCUAUUGCAGCGACCAGAGAAGAUGCGUGAUACCCGGACCAAAAAGAACUCUAAUAAAUAUUGCAGGUUCCACAAGGAUAGAGGGCAUAACACGGAAGAUUGCUACCAACUAAAGGACGAGAUUGAACGGCUGAUAAGACAAGGGUAUUUCAAGCAUUUGAUCGACAGGAGGGCGGAACCGCGAGAUCACAGUAGGUCGCGAAGUCGGGAAAGGCUCCAGAGGGAUGAAGCGAGAGCGAGCGGAGCUCGAGACAAUGCUCCCACUAAGGGCGUCAUUCACACUAUCUCCAGGGGUCCCACAAGUGGGGACUCGGGUAGAGCAAGGAAAAGAUACGCUCGAGAGAACAGGUGGAAGCAUGGUGAGCUGAUGAUGCAUGUGGAGAAGCAGGAGAGCAUCGUCUUCGGAGACGAGGAUUUAAGCUCUGACGUGGUUGAACAAAACGACCCUAUGGUCAUAAAAAUGGACAUUGCGAACUACCAGGUACAUAAGGUGUUAAUUGAUAAUGGCAAUUUCGUUGACAUUAUUUUUAGUGAUGUCCUCAGGAAGAUGGAUUUGGGAGAUGUAAAACUGAAGCCUGUACGAACACCCCUAGUCGGGUUCGGAGGUAACGAGGUCAUCCCAGAAGGUGUAAUUGAGCUGCCCGUGUCGCUGGGGGAGGAACCCAAGAGGAAGACAUGCAUGGUCUUGUUCCUGGUCGUCGAUAGCCCAUUUGCGUAUAAUGUUGUGUUGGGACGACCAGGAUUGAACAUAUUUCGAGCAGUGGUGUCCACGUUCCAUCUGAAGAUAAAGUUUCCGACACCACAGGGAAUCGGCGAGGUCAAGUGCGACCAACGAACAGCGAGGCAGUGCUACAAUCUUGCUGUGAAGCAAGGAGAGUCGAAGAAAGAAAAAAGGAAGGAAGAAACAAACCGAGAGGCGGCUAAGCGAGGAAAGAUGGAGAGGAUUGAACCGUCGGGAGAAUACAAGGAGAUUGAGUUGAUCUCUGGGAACUUGCAAAAAACGAUCCGUAUUGGGUCGCAAAUGACUGCGGAAAUGGAGACGAUGAUGAUCGACUUUCUGCGGAGUAAUAAUGACCUGUUCGCGUGGAGUCCAUCCGAUUUUCAAGGUAUCAAUCCCGAGAUUAUUGUUCAUAGAUUAAAUAUUGAUCCACAGGUUAAACCAGUGAAGCAGAAGAAGAGGGUUUUUGGGAUCGAGAGGAACAGAAUCAUCGAAGAGGAGGUCGCCAAGCUGUUGCAUGCAGGAUUUGUUAGAGAGAUCCAAUACACGACCUAG